CAUUACUCAAAAACUGCAGGAAUCCAUUUGUGUGGAAACUUCAUGUGAUAAGGUGGGUUGAUCUUUCACAGUAUAUUAAUUUUUUUGGAACAAAACAUCAUGGUACAAAACAUAGCCUAAUACUGUAAAUUCUAAGUGGCAUAAUUCCUUACUUUGGGAAUAUAAAGUCUAUAAAGCUGACUUGGAACUUGUGGGGGAGGGGACAGGUUUGUCAUCCUGAACUACUACCCUAAUCUGUUCUUAGAGGAGAGAGGCUUAGCGAAACCUCAGAUAGAUAGAGAUUAGAUAGAGAGCAAUGUCUCAUUAGAGAGGGGAGUCCAACCGAAUCAGUAAUUUCUAUUAUAUAUUUAUUCAGUUAGUUUCACUUUGUUUUUGUUUGUUAAACCCUAAAAUUUCCUAAAUUGAUUGCAUUUAUUAUCUCUUUUAACAAAUACCUUUUUUGUUUAGCAUUUUCCUCAUGAUGAAGGACAGACUGGCACAGCUCAAGGAGACAAGUGAUGUUGGAGGGGAUGACGUUGAGGUUCCCAUGCAGAAUGAGGAUUUUAUGGAAGAUUUUUUUGCCCAGAUUGAGGAUAUCCGCUCCAGUAUUGAAAAGACUGAUGACAGCAUAACAGAAAUAAAAAAACUCUACUCCACCAUCUUAUCCUCCCCCACAUCUGACCAGAAAACACAGGAUGAUCUUGAAGCAGUGACCAAUGAGAUUAAGAAAUCUGCCAACAACGCAAGAAACAAGCUCAAGAGCAUUGAACACCAGCUCGAGACAAACAAAGAUGAGAGGGCCUCUGCUGACCUCAGGAUAAGAAAAUCACAGCAUGCUAUCUUGGCGAAGAAAUUCGUAGAGGUCAUGACAAAAUACAAUGAAGCGCAAGUUGACUUCAGAGACAAGAGUAAAGGACGGAUUGCCCGACAGCUUGAGAUCACUGGCAAAGUAACAACUGAUGAAGAUCUGGAGGAGAUGCUGGAGGGAGGCAACUCAACUGUCUUCACUGCUGGGAUUAUGGAUUCAAAAAUAAACCAGCAGGCCUUGAACGAGAUUGAGGCUCGUCAUAAAGACAUCAUUCGGUUGGAGAGCAGCAUCAAAGAACUCCAUGACAUGUUUGUUGAUAUUGCUAUGCUGGUUGAGAACCAGGGUGGCAUGAUUGACAGAAUUGAAAGUAACAUGGACCAAUCAGUGGGCUUUGUAGAAAGAGCAGUUGCUGACACCAAGAAAGCAGCCAAGUUCCAACAAGAAGCACGCAGGGUGUUGAAAAUGCAGUCUGACGGCAUCAAGAAACUUACAAGCAGGACUUCCUCAGGACAACCAUAUUCAUCAAUGGACUCUCUCGGGCAUGGAUCUUUGCUUUUUACACUGCUGAGGUGGAAGCAGUAAAUACAGAAGGCAAGCAGGGCACACAGCAAGCCUACUCCAUUACUGAAGGCCCAAGCUUGAAGCUGCAGAGGGAAAACAUCAGACGUGUUAAAAAAAAAAAAAGCACAGUUGAAAAUGCAAUAUCAUAAAGUCGAUAACCACAACCAUUGUUUGUAAGCUGCCCCCCCCCCAAAAAAAAACUUGAAUUUUGCGG